AAUACACGAGCGUCUCUUCUCAUUCCAGUGACUCCAGGAGAGGCAGUCGGGCGGGCUUCAUGAUACCGCUAGGUCAACUGGAAUGUUUUGAAACGUUUCUGUGACAUUUGACAGAUUUCCUCAGCGGUAUGGGGACACUAGGACGGUUCUCCUGAACGAUGUGGAUCGUCUGGAUUUCAGCGAGGCGUAAGGUGAACGUUAUCACCACGAGUGGUUUAUUCUUUGCGUUAGAGAUUUAUCCAUUUCAAUAGGAUUUGUUAACGCUUUUCGGAAGGUAGGUACCGAGAAAGGUUAGUGGGUCAGACGAGCGAUGACGACCACGUCGCUGACCGGGUUCUCCGUGAUGAGUCUGCUGAGCCUCAGUUACCUGACGUGGGACUGGAUGAGCCCCAACCAGGUGGAGCGCCCGUCCGCUCCCGACCCGGCCAACGUACUGCCCGCAGCGCGUCCGCCGCACAUUAUCUUCAUCAUGACGGACGACCAGGGGUUCAACGACAUCGGCUAUCACAACUCUGACAUCAAGACCCCCACACUGGACAAGCUGGCGGCGGACGGAGUGAGGCUUGAACAGUACUACAUCCAGCCUAUCUGCACCCCGUCCCGCAGCCAGCUGCUCACCGGCAGGUACCAGAUCCACACGGGCCUGCAGCACUCCAUCAUCCGGCCGCGCCAGCCCAGCUGCCUGCCCCUGGACCAGGUCACCCUGCCCCAGCGGCUGCAGGGGCUGGGCUACUCCACCCACAUGGUGGGCAAGUGGCACCUGGGCUUCUACAAGAAGGAGUGCCUGCCCACCCGCCGCGGCUUCCACUCCUACCUCGGCUCGCUGACGGGCAGCGUCAACUACUACACCUACAACUCGUGCGACGGGCCGGGCCUGUGCGGCUACGACCUCCACGAGGGCGAGACGGUGGCCUGGGACCAGGGCGGCAAGUACUCCACCCACCUGUACACCCAGAGGGUCCGCCGGAUCCUGGCCGCGCACGACCCGCUGGGCCCGCCCCUCUUCAUCUACCUGUCCUUCCAGGCGGUGCACACGCCCCUGCAGUGCCCCCGGCGCUACGUCUACCCGUACCGGGACAUGGGCAACGUGCCGCGCCGCAAGUACGCCGGCAUGGUGUCGGCGGUGGACGAGGCGGUGCGCAACGUCACCUACGCCCUCCGCAAGUACGGCUUCUACCAGAACAGCGUGGUGGUCUUCUCCACGGACAACGGGGGCCAGCCGCUGUCGGGGGGCAGCAACUGGCCGCUGAGGGGCCGCAAGGGCACCUACUGGGAGGGCGGGGUCCGGGGGCUGGGCUUCGUCCACAGCCCCCUGCUGCGGCGCAGGAGGAGGGUGAGCAGGGCCCUGGUGCACAUCACCGACUGGUACCCCACGCUGGUGGGGCUGGCCGGGGGCAACGCCUCGGCCGCCGAGGGGCUGGACGGCUUCGACGUGUGGCCGGCCAUCAGCGAGGGCCGGGAGUCGCCGCGCCGGGAGAUCCUGCACAACAUCGACCCGCUGUACAACCCCGCGCGGGGGGGCUCGCUGCGGGGGGGCUUCGGCAUCUGGGACACGGCGGUCCAGGCGUCCAUACGCGCCGGGGACUGGAAGCUGCUCACCGGGGACCCCGGCUACGGGGACUGGACGCCGCCGCCCGUGCUGCCCGGCUCCCCCGGCGGCUGGUGGGGGCUGGAGCGCCACCUGCAGCCCGGGAAGGCGGUGUGGCUGUUCAACGUGUCCGGGGACCCCUACGAGCGCUUCGACCAGGCGGAGCGGCGCCCCGACGUGGUCAAGCUGCUGCUGGCCCGGCUGGCCUUCUACAACCGCACCGCCGUGCCGGUGCGCUACCCCCCCGAGGACCCCCGGGGCCACCCGGACCUGAACGGGGGGGCCUGGGGGCCCUGGUUCGGGGACGGGGAGGAGGACCCCUGGGACGGCGUGCCGCGCAGACGCACCAAGGACAGGAAGGAGACCCUGAAGAUGGCCAGGACCAAGUCCUUCUUCAGGAGCCUCACCACCCGCAUGAUGUCCGAUAGGAUAUGAGAACGGGCGGGCGGCCCACGCUGUAGGGGCCCUCACCCCGCCCCCACCCCGGA